AUGGCAGAGUUCGCGCUUGGGUUGACCAAGUCGGCGGUGGAGGGGACGAUAAGCAGGGUGAAGUCGGCGAUUGACGAGGAGGGUAAGCAAAGGGUGCGUGUUCAGGACGACCUGGUGUUCAUCACCGGGGAGUUUGAAAUGAUGCAGUCCUUUCUUGGCGUCGCCAAUGCCGAGCGCGCCAAUAACCCGGUGGUGCGGACAUGGGUGAAGCAGCUCCGUGACCUGGCCUUCGAUGUCGAGGACUGUGUUGAGUUCGUCAUCCACCUUGACAAACCGGCACGCUGGGACUGGGUCCGGCGCUUCACCUCGUCCGUCAUCUGCAUCGCAAGGCCGCCGCUGCCCCUGGAUGUGGCGGUUGCAGACAUCAAGCGGCUCAAGACCAGGGUGGAGGAUGUAAGCCAGAGGAACACACGCUACAACCUCAUCGGUGACUCCGGCUCAAGCUCCAACUCUGCCGUUACUGUUGUCUCCACUCCGGCAGUAGAGCUUAAGCCGGCCGGCGCAGCAUCAGCAUUCCACACCCUAUGCGAGGUGUGGGAGGAAGCGGGGAGGAAGCGACGCGGCACGGAUGAUCUCAAGAAGUUGAUCUUGAGAGGAGGGGGUGACCUUGAAGUCAUCUCCCUAUGGGGAGGUCAAGAGGCUGCACAUCUUGAGGUUAUUAAGGAGGCCUACAAUGAUCCACAGAUCUGCCAAGAAUUCUGUAUCCGUGCACGGGUAAAGCUGCUGCAUCCAUUCAACCUUGACGAGUUCCUCAAGAGCUUGCUCACUCAGUUCAACUCGGCGGCCUCCCUUCACCGACAAAGGAGCUCUGGGCAUUCUCACAUCCAGAUCCAGGCAACGGAUGGCGUAUGUGAGAAUGACCAGCUCAUGCGCCAUGUGACAGAGCAUAGGUAUCUCGUCAUCCUGGAAGAUGUAUGCACUGCGGCAGAGUGGGAUGACAUCAGAAAGUAUCUGCCGGGCAGUAAGAAUGGCAGCCGGAUAGUCGUGUCAGCGAAGCAAUUGGGGCUUGCGGUUUCCUGCGUGCGGAAGUCGUACCAACUAGCGGAGCUCCAAAAGUUCUCUCAUGGUCAAUCUCUUUGUGCAUUCAUCAACAAGGUAUGCAGUUUUCUUUUCCUUUUGCAAAAACAUCCAAUCUAUUUAUCAAACAUCAUGGCAGUAAAAAAUAUAUCAGAAUUAACAGAAAUUACAUCCAUAUUCGUAGGCCACCUAGCGACGACUACAAGCACUAAACAACUGUAAUAGUAUAUUACCAUAGAAAUGCAUAGCAUUUGGUUAAACUAAUUAUUAAAAAUAAUAUCAGAAUGCCAAUUUUCACAUACCCAGUGAAAUCCAUAUAGCUCUAAUAAUAUUUUUACCUUGGCCUCCGUAUCACCUCGAAUAGCUUAGUUACUUAUUACUAGCAAACAUGCCCGUGCGUUGCAACAGGAGAGAAAAAAUUUACACGCUAGCCAAAAUAAGUUUGACUCAAUACCUUGACAUAUGAGCGUUCUCUAUUUUAACACAGUGACUCGCGAUGUUGCGAACAUGUUUUAUAAUUUGCGAAUAGUUUUGUAAAAUCUAAUAUUUAUUGAAACUGCGAAAUUUUUAUGAUUUCCCACACAUUUCUGAAUUCACAAACAUUUAUGAUUUCUCAAAUAUGUUUUUCAAAAUUUGCAAUGUUUUGAAAUUUGGAAAUAUUGAAUUAAUUUAAAGAAGGAAAAAACAAAAAAAGAAGUGAGCAAAUAAAAGAAAAAGACAAAAGAUGAAAUGAAAAAAAUAGGGGAGUCACGCCUGCG